AUGACCCCUUGUGUAUUCUUUAUUCCGUUGCUCUCGCCCUCCCCCGUCUCCUCCCAAUGGUCCGAAGCUCUCUUCAAAUUAUUAGCCGGUUUCCGGAUUUCAGUUGAUCACGUUGCCAUGUGGAAUGAAUGUACGUCUGCCUCUGCGAUUGCAGCCCGUCUGGUCUGUCUUGGUCAUUUUUCGUUUUUUUUACCGAUCUCGUCCCAUCCUUAG